CAUGAUUGGCACACAAAUGAGAAACGGAAAACAACAGAAAUAAAAAAUACUUUUCUGAUUUUAAUUAAUAUUUUACAAGUAUUAAAGCCAAAUAUGAGCAACAAGACAAAGAAGGGCAACGGCAAUGGAGGCGAUGGUGGCCAAAGCAAAAUGGCUAAGCAACGUUCUCAGGACUCCCACGACUAUAGUUCCUUCAAAGUGGUCCUGUUCUACUGCUCCCUCAUUGUAUUCCUGCCUGUAGUGACGUUCUUUGCCCUCAAAGGAUUCGUACUGGAUCAGUUCUUUAGCAUGUCGGACGUGAAAGUAAACAUUGCAUCUGCGGUGGGCGCGGUUGCAGCGUUGCACGUUGCUUUGGGCCUGUAUAUCUAUCGGGCCUACUUUGGCGGAUCUGAUAAAAAGGCUGCACAGUCCAAGCAGGAUUAACCCCGUGGAGCAACAACUACAACAGCUGCGGCGGCAUCAACGACUGUUAAAUAUGUACCAUUUCCAAUUAAAACGUUUUUGUUUUCGCUUCGUU